AUGGUGCUGGACAUCAACCUGUUCAGGAAGGAAAAAGGGGGCAACCCCGAUAAAAUUAAAGAGUCGGAAAGGAAGAGGUUCCAUGACGAGACGAAUGUCGAUAAGGUAAUCGAGUAUGAUGAAAAGUGGAGAAAGUGCAUUUUCAAAUUGGAAGAAUUGAAAAAAAAUAUUAACCUGGUGAAUAAAGAAAUAGGGAACAAAAAGAAGGAGGAUAAAAAUGCAAAUGUGGAGGAUUUAAAAAAAAAAAAUCAGGAAAGGGACUUACUCAAGCAGAGAAAUAGAUACCUCAGUAAGGUGGGUAAUUUACUUCACAAAGACGUGGUCACUUCGAAUGACGAGGAUAACAAUAAGGUAGUGACCACCUGGGGGGUGUGCAAAAGGCUAGAAGUGACAACUGAUGAAACGUCAGAAGGGAACAAAGGUAGCAAGGGAGACUCCAAGGAUGGUGGGAGCAACAAGAGGGAGGUUCCAACAAGCAGUUCGAACGGUGGUGCCGUCCACCCAAAUGGAGGCAUCGUCGGAAGCGGCGGGAAGAAGUACUACUACCACUUCGACCUGCUGAGGAAAAUCGGAGGGGCGAACUUCAAGAAGGGCAUCCAGGUGGCCGGUCACAGGGGCUAUUACCUCACGGGAGCAGGCUUCCUCCUACAUAAUGCAAUUUUGCAAUACGCGAUAAAUUUCCUUGUGAACAAAAAUUACACCCCUGUGUACCCCCCCUUUUUUAUGAAGAAAAAUAUAAUGGAGGAAUGUGCCGAGUUAGAUGACUUUGAGGAGACCCUCUACAGGGUUGCUUCUUCUGGAGGUAGUAGCUCCACAGCGACAACAGGGACUACAAGUGGGGCAUCUGUUAACCGUACCCAGAAUGAGGAGCUAAACAGAGACGACCUAUUCCUCAUUGCCACAUCCGAACAACCACUGUGUGCACUGCAUAAAGAUGAAACGAUCGAGUCUAAGUACCUACCCUUGAAGUAUGCCGGCGUUUCUUCCUGUUUUAGGAAAGAAGCAGGAGCACACGGAAAGGACAUCAGGGGCAUUUUACGAGUCCACCAAUUUGAUAAAAUUGAACAGUUCUGUGUUACUCUCCCUCAAACAAGCAACAAGGUACACAAGGAAAUGAUGAAAACUUGUGAGGAAUUUUAUCAGUCACUUAACAUCCCAUAUCGAAUCGUUAGCAUUGUAUCCGGGGCACUGAACAACGCUGCUGCUAUUAAGUAUGAUUUGGAAGGGUACUUCCCAUCGAGUAAUCAAUACAGGGAACUCGUGUCCUGUAGCAACUGUACGGAUUACCAAAGCAAUAAUUUGAAUGUUAAGUAUGUCGACUCGAACGUCAAAAUUAGUGUCAGCGACGUGAAGGGGGAGGGGAGCAAAAAGGGAAGCAACCAGGGUGAUCAGAAGGGUGAUCAGAAGGGUGAUCGCAACGAUUAUGAUGAGGUUGGAAGUGAUCAUGAGGAAUUUUUGAAACACUUCCAAACGGAGAGUAGGAACAAUGUGCAUCUCCUGAACGGCACCAUGGUGGCGGCGCAGAGGUUCCUCUGUUGCCUCCUCGAGAACUAUCAGAACGGAGAGGGCAUCGUCGUGCCGGAGAAGCUCCGCCCGUACAUGAACAAUGUAGAAUUUAUUCCCUUCAUCGAGUGA